AUGACAAACAAUAAAAAAAUUUCAUCUCGUAAGCCGGAAGUUAACGGUGUUUCUGCUACUUCAUGCGCUAACUGUGGUACAACUACAACACCAUUGUGGAGAAGAGCUCCUAGCGGUGAAACCAUAUGCAACGCUUGUGGUCUUUAUUAUAAAGCUCGUAAUACUGUUCGUCCACUUUGGUUAAAGCCUUACAAUCAACACCAAGUUAAUCGACAAGCACUAAUUUGUAAUAACUGUGGUACAAACACCACACCUUUAUGGAGGAGAGAUGAACUGGGCAACACUAUUUGUAAUGCUUGCGGGCUUUAUUUCAAGCUUCAUAAUGUUCAUCGUCCACCAAUUAUGAAAAAAAUAAUCAUCAAGCGUCGUAAACGUGUCCCUCUUCACAACAAAUCUUUAGAUUCUUAUAAUCAUCAUCAUCAUCAUCAUCAUCCACAACAAAAAAGUAAUUCUUCUAAUAUUGAAAGAAGACAUCAUCAUCAUCAAACUCAUAAAUCAUCUUGUCUUAACAAAAAUGAUGGUAAUAACAAUCAUCAUCAUCCUCAUCAUCAAUUUACUUACAAUAGCCCACCCACUCCUUCUUCAACUUCUUCCGCUUCCGGUUACAAUUCUUCCGAAGAUGAUGAUACUUCUCUUGAUGGUUUUUCUAAUAAUUUUGAUCGUAAAAGAAAGGUCGAAGAUCCUAAUAAUUCUAGUAAACGUCCUUGUUACGAUGAUAGAGAGCAUGCUAUCGAAGAUUUCAUUGUUUCUAAACCUCAAUAUCAAUUAGAGAGUGCAUGGAAUUUUGAAGAUAAUAGUAGAAGAAGCAGUUUAAACAAUGAGCCUCAAGUUCAAAUUCAUCAAAUCAAUAAUAAUAAUAAUAGUAAUAGUCGUCUUAUGGGAACACCUAAUUAUCCCUUACCCUCAAUAUAUUCUAAUCAUCAUCAUUAUAACAAUAACAAUAAUAACGUCAAUAACAAUAAUGAGUCCUCUAUUCAACGUUUUGGUUCAAGUCCACCACCUCCUCAAAGUUCUAUUUCUGCUUUGUUGAAUUAUCCUUCUGCUGAAACUUCUCCUAAAUUGCCACCGAUCUCUACAGUUGUGAGCGGUACUCAUCGUCAAGAAUUGGAACGUAAAGUUGCUCACCUGAGCAUGUUACUCAACAAAACUACCGCGAUAUUAAUUGAUUUGGAUCAAGCUAUUAACGACAAUUAA